GUGACGCAAGAGAUUUGCCGGCUGAAACUGAGCGUGUAGUUUCGAGAAGAGAACAGAAUCUACUGUCUUUGUGUGUUUUUUGUUUUUGUGUCUAGUACGUUCGAUCUAUUUUUCUCCGUCUCGUGGUUAUCUCGCGUAGUGCUAUUAUUUCUGCUCUUCCUACGGAAUCCGCACUGCGUUAUGUAUCAAAGUCCGGUCCGUUUGUGUACAUCCCUGCUGCAAAGAGAGGUCCAGGUAAUCUACACAGCCUCCCUGUCUUCUCCCUUCAAAAAGGCUUUCGGGAUCCAAGAGGUGCCACCAGUCCAGUUCUGUCACACCGUCUGCUCUGACAGCCUCAGUGCUGGAAAGGCGGUGAGCACCACGGCCUCGGUUGCUACGACGGGGCCCGCCCCGCUGGCGGUCACUUCAAGAAGCGUGUGUUCCAUGGGCGCUAACACAAGCCGUCUUUACAGUGCCCUUGCCCAGACGUUAAGGAGCAGUCAGUAUGACCAGGCAGAAGAAUACCCUGACCAAGCUGUAGAUGUGGAGCCUAUAGAUCCCGAUUGCCUCCUUGAGGAAUGUAAAGAGAUGCUGCGCAACAGGCCACCUCGGCCACACAGGACUUUCAAGUUACCAGGCAGCCAAUCCAGCAAGUAUCCACCCAUUCGAGUUAUGCAGUGGAAUAUACUUGCACAAGCACUUGGUGAAGGCAAAGAUAACUUUAUUCAGUGUCCACAGGAGGCUCUGAACUGGGCCGAACGCAAGUAUCUAAUCCUGGAGGAGAUUUUGUUGUAUCGGCCGGAUGUCUUGUGCCUGCAAGAAGUGGAUCAUUACUUUGACACGUUCCAGCCAGCCCUGAGCAGCCUUGGCUACCACUGCACUUUCUACCCAAAACCCUCUUCACCUUGCCUAGAUGUGGAGCACAACAAUGGCCCCGACGGCUGUGCCCUGUUUUUUAAUAAGGACAGGUUUGAGCUGCUGGACAGCACCAACAUACGCCUAAUAGCCAUGAUGCUGAAGACAAAUCAGGUAGCGAUUGCUCAGACGUUACGGUGCAGAGAGACGGGCCACAUCUUCUGUGUUGCAGUGACUCACCUGAAAGCGCGCAGUGGCUGGGAGAGAUUUCGCUCUGCCCAAGGCUCCCACCUCCUGCAAAGCUUACAGUCCAUUACAGAAGGAACAAGCAUCCCCUUGUUAGUUUGUGGGGACUUUAAUGCUGAGCCUUCAGAGGACGUGUACAAGAGCUUUGCCACCUCCAGCCUUAACCUGAACAGCGCAUACAAACUACUUAGCAGUGAUGGCCAGUCUGAACCUCCUUAUACAACCUGGAAGAUCCGUCCUUCCGGGGAGAGCUGCCACACUCUGGAUUACAUCUGGUACUCUCAGCAUGCCUUCAACGUGGACUCCCUUCUCUGCUUCCCGACUGAGGAGCAGAUAGGACCAAACAGGCUUCCAUCAUUGAGCUAUCCGUCAGACCACCUGUCCCUAGUGUGCGAUUUCAGCUUCAGUGACGAGCCCGAUAGACUUUUGUAAAACUCUGUCAGUAGUUUAUGGAGGUGUGCUGCAUGUGUAGACAUCUAUUUAAGUUAUUAUUUAUUAUUUAAAGAAGUAAGUAGUCUAAUGAAAAGAGUGCACAUUAUUUGUUUUAGUUAGUAAUAGAAAGGAAAGUCUUAAGGUGUAUUUGGUGAAAGCAAGAACGUGUGUGUUUCUUAGUCUGGUCACAUUUUGUUUGCUGAAUGUUCUUCUUCAAAGCACAGUCCAUGAUAACAUCAGGCACGUUCCCCUGUACAAAUUUGUCACAAAAGUUUAUUUUACAUAAAUAAAAUUGCACUUUUUUGAAAAAUAGGAUAGGCUCAGCUUCCUGUGCAGCUCCAUAAUCCGUUCAUAUGGACUGUGCAUUGUAACUAUUGACCAACUUCACUCCAUGUGACCUUGAAAUGGAUAAGCCUCAUGGAUGGAUCGAAUUUUGUCAGGCAAAACAUUUACAGAUUCCUGCUGUCAUUUUUGGGCAGCUAUCUUUAAUAGUCGUUAGAGAGCACGUUCAGUGGAAAAUAAUUCAUGAAAAUGUCUGUGAUGGACCAUCAUCCCCACCCAGGGCUGGUUCCUGCUUUGUGCCUGAUGUAGCCAAGAUAAACGGCAGCUCUCCCCGACCUCAAGAUCAAGCGGUGGACGCGAAUAAAAACGGACAAGUGGGGCGAGUCAUUUAACCCUAACCCUAAAUGAUUUGCAGCGCGACUCACAAACGUGUUACUGUUCAAGCCUGUUAAACAAGCACCGAGCUCACAGAUGGUGACGAUCACCACGUGCAGGAUUUGUGGGAAAUGACGCUGAAGCGAUUUGGACUUCCUCUGUCCAGUGGCAGGAGAAGAUCUACUUUAACACCGUUGGGUCGCUUGGCUUAUUGUAGCAAUAUGCUUUCAUUUAGCCUUAAGUUGUUAAAUAAUUCGAAAUGCAUUGUUAUUCAACUGCCUUGCCAUAAUUAACUAACUUCAGUUGACUUUAAUCUGUCUAGCGGAAAAAAAUACAAAAAGAGACAACAAAAAAGAAAUCCACGAAAAUACUUGCGGGCAUUUGUUCCCCGAGUUGUCAUUGCGUUGCACUUUUGUCUCAUUUGAAUUUUGUAUGAACACCUAAAAUGUUGUUUUCAUUUAUUUUAUUCACUUUCACAUUUUCAGAAAUUUUUACGUUGAGGUGUGUGUGUGUGUGUGUGUGUGUGCCUUCACUGGGCCGCAAUAUUUUUGUGGAAAAAUCUCUCCAGUCCACUAUUGUUGUAAUGUUACUGUUUGUGCCACUGUAUUGUCAUGUUUAUUUAUUUUAUUUUUUUAUUAUCAAACUGUCUUAAUGUCCAUUAAUUUAAAUUAUUUGAAUCUUAAAUUUAAUGUUUUUGUGAAUUUUAAAGAUAAGCUGAUGUUGACAUAUUUUUUUUGAGAGUUCCGAUUUCGCAGAAAUUAUCUUCUAAAACUUCUGUUUCUGUAUUUUGAUUAGCAAGUUUGACGGACUGGCGCUUGCAAAUAAUAUCUCUUACCUUGGAGCAGCUAGGGGGUCAUGCACGGCCGUGUGCAAAGGUCAGCCUAGUCUUUAAAGAACUAUGCAAAAAGAGAAAGGAGCAAAAUUGUAACGGUUCAUUUCAUUGCACUUUGACGAGUUUGAAAAGGUAAUAAACGAUAAAAAUGCACAACAUCUCCGAGAAACACAGGCAGUGCUUUUGUUUUUAGGUUUACUGUUUUAAAAAGCAAGUUGUCCUUAAUUGAAGUGCCAGAGUUGGAGUUUCCCAAGGGUGUGAGCUUUAGGUCAAGAUGUUUAGUGUUUUGAUUCAGUUAAUCUUUAUGAGAUGGGCAGCACAGUGGCACAGGAGGUGGCAUUGGUGCUGCCAUGGCCCAGAUUCCAUUCCCAGCCUGGUCACUGUCUUGCCCAUCUCAAAGGCUCGUAUGCGGUCUGACUGUGCGAGGUGUCGAUCCCGAGAGACGGUGGGGCUGCCAGGCGGUCACCCAGUCUAUUUAUUGAAGUAACUUGAAACAAACUGGGUUUCAUUCCUUACAUAUGCGCCAUUGUGCACAAAGUACGACACUGUUGUAGCGAUCAGCUCUGACUCGGAGCUCCAUCCAGAAUGAGACGCCACUUUCUGUGAGCGCCUCGGCUGCAUAGUCGUCCAACCAGAAGUCACUGGCCGUCUUGAGGGAUCUUUGGGACUAGGGUUCAAUUCGGGGCCCAGUCUCUCGUAUCCCAAAAUUAGGCACGCUUGGUGACCUGAGUGGGCUCUGCGAGGGCCUACACCAGCUGCCACCAGGACAGCUCUGGAGGUGCACAUUCAAACCUUUACUAAUGCUGGCUGGAGAAAUGAAAACUACUGCAUAAACGGACACUCGCACCCUCUCACUGGGGUGGUGCUCUGCAAUAAUGGGAGCUGGGAAACCGAUGUUGCUUCUUAAAGAACAGAAGUGGUAAUUAGUUUGUAUUUCUUUAAUUAGAAAUUGCUGGAAGAUUCUGCCUUACUACAAUUUCUUUUUUUCCAGCUGGUAACAUAUUUACUUGGCCAUAUAUGCAUUUGCCUUAUUAUAUUUCUGUACCUUCACAUGUUACAGUUUGAAUUCAUCACGUUUGUGUGUGUUUUGUAAAGAGAGCCACUUGUUGGACUCUGCUGGAAGUGCGUUACACUUUCAUAACCUCAUAGGACUGUAUUUUUGCUGGUUCAUUAACAGAAUGUUUGAGAGGCCAAAGUGCAAGUUUAUAAAUAAAACUUUUAUUUUGCUCUAA